GCCGCUCAUUCUUGCACAAUGUCUAAAUCUUUCCUGGUAUUAGUUCUCUUGUUUGGAGUAUCGAUUGCCUACAAUGGAAGUAAUAGAAAUGGCAGAAUGAUUGGUCGUAGACUAAAUGGUCUCAACAGUAAUGGACUAAAUGGCAACAGCAAUGGUGCCAGCAACAACCGUUUGAACAGCAAUGGUUUUAACAGAUUCAACACCAUUGGUUUGAGUGGAUUAAGCAACAACAGGUUUAGUGGAUUCAACAAUAAUGGUUUCAAUGGGUUCAACAAUAACGGUUUUAAUAAUGGUUUUAAUGGUUUCAACAACAAUGGUUUCAAUAAUGGUUUUAACAACAAUGGUUUCAACAACAAUGGUUUCAAUAAUGGAUUCAACAACAAUGGUUUCAAUAAUGGUUUCAACAACAAUGGUUUCAAUAAUGCUUUUAAUAAUGGUUUCAGCAACAAUGGUUUUAAUAAUGGUUUCAAUAAUGGUUUCAACAACAAUGGUUUUAAUAAUGGUUUCAAUAAUGGUUUCAACAAUGACUUUUUUAAUGAUGGUUUCAACAACAAUGGUUUUGGCAACAAUGGUUUCAAUGGCUUCAAUAAUGGUUUCAACAAUUUUUUUAAUGAUGGUUUCAACAAUAAUGGUUUUGGCAACAAUGGUUUCAAUGGCUUUAACAACAAUGGUUUUGACAAUAAUGGUUUCAAUGGCUUCAAUAACAAUGGGUUCAACAACAAUGGCUUCAAUGGGUUAAACAAUGGCUUUGAUGGGCUGAACAACAAUGGUUUCAAUGGGUUCAACAACAAUGGUUUCAAUGGGUUCAACAACAAUGGUUUCAAUGGGUUCAACAACAAUGGUUUCAAUGGAUUUAACAAUAACAAUGCUUUUAGUGGACUCAACAGUAAUGGACUUAACAACAAUGGUUUAAGUAACAAUGGUCUUACAAACAAUGCACUCACUAACACUGGUGAGAACAACAAUGGGGCAGCGGGAGGCAUUGAAAGUGGACAAGGACGACAAACAUAUGGCUAAAUAGACGAGAAUUCUUAAGAUGCAAUCAUAUACAAAUUAAAAAUAAGACUCAGAAUGUGUUCUUGGAUUAAAAUAUUUCUUAUA